GUGUGAGUGAAUGGGGAUAGACAGUUGCUGCUGUCAUUUAAAGCUGUGGAUUGUGUGUGUGUGUAUGUGUGUGUGUAAUCGUGCUGGUGAGUAGGGGGAGAGCAAGAAAGAAAGAGAGAGAGAGAGAGAAGGGAAAAGAGAGGCGUCAUGCUCCAUAAAGCUCCUCUGAUACUCCAAGUUUAGUGUUACUGUUUUCUGGAGGGACGUUCUUCACACACUGCAUGAGACGGCGAUCCAGGUCUCGCUGAUUCCGGUGCAUAAUCACGGAUCCAGCUGGCAGCCUGGACACUAUGGUAGCCGAAGAGGCUCCUAGAGCAGCUCUGAGGACUCAUGGGGUUUGUUCUGCUCAGCCUCUUCCUCCACUUCUGGCUCAGCGCGGUAGAAGGCAGCUGUGAAGGCGCACGGACGUGUGGCGAGUGCAUGCAGCUGGGGCCGCACUGCGCGUGGUGCUCUCUACAGAACUUCACAGAUUCUUUAGGGGUGACCGAACGCUGCGGUAUAAGUAAGGAGCUUCUUCUUCAGAAAUGUCCACAAGAGUUCAUUCAGUUCCCGGAGAAUGAUGUGGAGCUGCUGGAUGACAGGCCGUUGGGAAAAAGUGCGGACCCCAGUAAUGUGUCCUACAUAACACCGCAGAGGAUGGCGCUCAAACUUCGGCCAGGAACCCAAGCAUCCUUCCAAGUAAAAGUCCAACAAUCAGAAGACUAUCCAGUCGAUAUGUAUUACCUUAUGGACCUCUCAGCUUCGAUGUUCGAUGAUCUGCAGAAAAUAACACUCCUGGGGUCGACUCUUUCCAAAGAAAUGGCCAGUCUCACAAGUAAUUUUCGUUUAGGAUUUGGUUCAUUUGUGGAGAAACCAGUUCUGCCGUUUAUUAAAAUCACUCCAGUGGAGCUGGAAAACCCCUGCUGGGGCAUAGAACAAGUUUGCCUGCCCACAUUCGGAUACAAACACGUUCUACCGUUAACAAGCAGCACCGACCAAUUCAACAAGAUCAUUUCUGAGCAACGUGUCUCAGCGAACAAUGACAUUCCAGAGUGCGGCUUUGAUGCCAUCAUGCAGGCAGCAGUGUGUGGGGAUAAAAUUGGGUGGCGGAACGAUUCCAUGCGCUUGCUGGUUUUUGUGAGCGACGCAGACUCUCAUUUUGGGAUGGACAGCAAAAUGGCUGGCAUUGUCACCCCUAACGAUGGACAGUGCCAUUUAGACAGCAACAAUGAGUAUUCCAUGGCAGGCCACUUGGAAUAUCCAACCUUAGGCCAGCUUAUAGACAAGGUGGUGGAAAACAACAUCCUCCUCAUAUUUGCAGUGACUGAAAAUCAGAGACAGACCUAUCAGAACUAUGCAGAUCUAAUUCCUGGCGCAAAAGUGGGCGUGCUGGAAAAAGAUUCCCGAAACGUUUUGGAACUGAUCUUAACUGCUUAUAAGGAGCUGAGGUCAGAGAUUGAACUGGAGGUUCUGGGGGACACUGAAAAUCUUCAGCUCUCUUUCACAACUCUCUGUUCAGAUGGUGCAGUCCAGCCGGGUCUUAAACAAUGCACUAAUGUCAAAGUUGGAGACACUGUGGCCUUUAACGUGACGGUGGAGCUUGACAGCUGUCUGGACGCUCCACGUCAUUUCUCCCUGCGGCCCGUGGGCUUCCAGGACACUCUGGAGGUGGAGCUGGAGUCUCUGUGUGUGUGCGAUUGCGAGAGGACAGCCGAGCUAAACAGCAUACACUGCAGUGAAGGAAAAGGGACUCUGGAGUGUGGCUCUUGUGUAUGUGACCCAGGGUUCAUAGGUCCCAGGUGUGAGUGCGCAGAAGACAAAGGUCAAGUCAGUGACUGCAGGGCCAAUGAAAGUGCAGAGGUGUGCAACGGCCAGGGCGAGUGCUUUUGCGGCCAGUGUGCGUGCUACCCGUCCAGCUUCGGUGUCGUGUAUGGAAAAUACUGCGAGUGUGAUAACUUCUCCUGCGUCCGGUUCAGAGGGAAGCUGUGUGGAGGUAAUGGAGAUUGUGACUGUGGCGAGUGUGUAUGCCAUGACGGUUGGACAGGUGAAUAUUGCAACUGCAGCACCAGCACACACACCUGUGAGUCUGCUGAUGGGUCGGUCUGCAGCGGACGUGGGAAGUGUGUAUGCGGGAAAUGCGAGUGUUCUGUUCCUGGUGCGUCAGGGGAUAAAUGUGAGAAGUGUGCUACCUGUGGAGAUGUCUGUAGCACAACCAGGUCUUGUGCGGAGUGUUAUCUGAGAACUGGCGAACCCUCAGAAGAGUGUGUCCUUAAGUGUAAUAAUAUUCAUACCACAGUAAGCAACUUUACAGACUUUGACGAGAACCACGCAAUAAUGUGCGCUCUCCGUAGUGAGCACGAGUGUCUGAUCUCCUUCACGUUGGUGGGCGGUGAAACAGGAAGCACUGUGUACAAGCUCAGGCUUGAUUGUCCCAAACCUCUAAAUGUCGCAUUGAUCGCUCUAGGCGUUUGUAUGUCUGUACUCACAAUUGGCAUCAUACUUGCGGUGGUUUGGAAGCUUUUCAUAUAUGUUCACGACCAAAAGGAAGUUGCCAAGUUUGAAGCAGAGAAAGCUAAAGCAAAAUGGCAAUCGGGCACAAACCCUCUUUUUAGAAGCUCAACUUCAACGUUUAAGAAUGUGACAUACAAACAUACAGCUCGACAGAGAGACGAGAUCUGCUGACACGACUAAAGGACUGAUUUAAUGUACUAACUUGACUGUAAAGUAUUUUUUCAUGAAAUCUUGUGUGUGUGUGUAUAUAUAUGUGUGUGCAUAUAUGAGUGACUGUUUUUUUUUUUUCAGAGCAAAUGGGAACUGUUUUUUUUAUUGUUAAUAUAUUUGCUGCUAAAUUAUUUUUUUAAAUCUAAGACAGCAAAUGCAGAAUUGGUUUGAACCUUGAUAAAAAAAAACAUUAAAGUAGAAAAAAUGUAUAAAUGCAAAUAGGGAUAAAAUGGUGUAUUUUAUUCAUGAUUAUUCAGUGGAGAUGGCUAAAAUUGGACAUUUUUAUGGUUUUCUUUAAGCAGCCAUGUUUAUUCCUUGAUAGAAAUAUUUUUGAAUGUUGAAUUGUUUCCUGGGCUACUGAAUAUUUUUUUAAAUUCAUGUUUGUGUUAUGAGGUGUCAUCUUUGGCAGGACUCAAAACGAAAACACCUUUUUAUCGGUUCCUGCAGACAAGUCACAGAUAUCUGACUAAAGCAAUUCUGUUUUUGGUUGUUUUCGUAUUUUAAAUGUGUUGAAAUAUGAUGCAUGCCGUUGCUGCAGCACAUUUUCCAGCUUAUAAAUAUAAACAACUGUCUGUGGAGAACCUCAGUCACACAGGUCAUGGCAAUCCCAAAGGUGCUGUUUAGUGGCACUUGAAAGUUCUGAAGACAUUUCACCUGUCAUCCUGUCAACUCCAUAGAGCAGUUAAAUAGUUGACACAGAGUUUAUACAGCCGUCACUUAAAGCCAGUUAGAUCGAACUCAUGAAACCUUUCGUGUGAGAAGUGAAACAUUCUGAAGAACUUCGAGCAAGUUGAAGAACAGCACCUUUGGCAUUACAAUGACCUGGGUGAUUAAGAAUGCCUACAGACCUUUGAUGGCACUUUUCGGGUAAAUGUUGACUCAUUUUAUUUCCUGAUAGAACACUUUAUGUUUACUUCAAUAGUAUUGCAAAACAGUGUGAUGUAGUCUGCACUCUUAGGCAUAAUUUUGUCUUUGUAUUUACUGUCUCAGUGGACUGUCUAAGUGGUUGCAAUCACCUACUUUACAUACUUUGUAACUUUUUGCCAUUUUAAUAGAGUUAAUAUCUAAGGUAAGCUUAUCAGUUUAAUCCAGAGUGUACUGUAGUCUUCUUAACUGGAUGAUAUUGCUAACUGCUGUGAGUCAGAACACUGGAAAAGUUUAACCUGCAACAAAUUCAUUUUGGUAAAUCCUAUUGUAAAAUGGUGUGUGUGUUUGUGUGUGUGUUGUUUUGUGGUGUUCUAUAAUUACUGAUUAUAAAUAUGAGGCUGAGCCUUGUACUGUUUUUAUGUCCUAAGUUAAAUUUUCAACCUCUAAUAAACUUGGAUUUUU